AUGAUCCAUCCUCAUCAACACAACCUGNNCUGCAUCUGCCCCAACUCCAAGAAACAAGUCAAAGCCGCAGCCCAAGANAGUUGCGAUUCAUCACCAGUCAAGGGGCUCCUCAAGCCAAACGGCGUCGUACUGGAAUGUUCAGGAUAUGCUGAUGAGAAUGCCUCCGGAACUGGCCAUGCCGAGGAGACCGAGACUCCUCAACCAGCGGCUCCUACCUUGCGGCGCUCCGAGACAGCAGACUCGAUGAAGGCUCCUCCUGCCAGGAAACCCAAGACAACCGAAUCCAAGCCAGCCAAGCAAGGCUCUACGUUCGAUGUUGGAAAUGCCGCUCCUGUCGUAUCGGGACGCGUUGAAUCACAGCCUCCGAGAAACGAUAACGAUCAGAGCUAUUUCCCAAAGUCGACGCCCUCAUGGUUCUCCGGCGCUAGAAAUCGGAUGCCAUACUUUCGAUGGCUUGGCCCUACUGCAAUCAUGCCAGGCUUCAAGCAGAUGGUCGUCAAAGUCAACCGCUCAUCAUCUACGACCGAUGGUGUAACCUCUCCGUCAGCCGGUGCUCAACCUGGCGCUUCGGCCAUGUCAAAUCAUUCCGCCACCUACGAUCCAGACGCGCGGACGCCUCAAACUCUACCAUUCUACGACAACUCAUCUAUGCCGCCUAGCGAACUGAUCACACAUCUCUGCGACACUUUCUUCGUUCAUCUUGCCUGUAAUUACCCCUUUCUUCAGCGUGAUCGCUUCUUGAAAGACCUCGAAGAGAAGCAGGUCGAUGCAAUCCUCGUUGAUGCAGUUUGUGCGCUGGCUGCUCGCUUCUCUACACAUCAUUUACUUGUGCAACAGCCACGCGAGGGUCAAGUUGUGAACCAUUCAGAGCAAGGUUCUGCUUUCGCCCAGCGAGCGAAACUCGCCUUGAUCGACACUUAUGCCACGCCAAGCGUUGCUGCCGUGCAAGCUGCGCUUUUGCUUGCCUACAAUGAGUUUGGCGAAAGCAGGGACAGUGGUCUGUGGAUGUAUCUUGGUAUAUCCAUCCGCAUGGCUCAAGACCUUGGCUUGCACAAACUUGAUGGUCUUCGUUACGAAGGUCGCGAGGGCUCAUCUCCAAGGUACUCCAGGAAUGACAAGCAUGUGGACAAAAUGAUCGGACGUGCCGAUUUGCAAGACCAAGAUCGAGACGUAGCCGAGGAACAGCGAGCAGCCGAACGUGAGCGAGUCGAUACUUUGUGGGCAGUAUUCUUUCUGGAUCGAGUUGUUUCAUCUGGUACUGGACGUCGCAGCACGUUACAAGACGAUGAUAUUGAGCUUUCUUUCCCGCCUCUUGAUUUGCUGGAUCCCAAAACUGGCUGGCCUUCCCCGUUUCCUGCACUGAUUCGGAUUGUCUGUUUAUAUGGCCGAGUUGCAGAUUUGCUCAACAGUAUCAAGGAGCCAUCGGACAUCACUAGUGAGACACCACAACAGUUAGCAGACAUGGAAGCACGGGUUACGAACUUUUACCAAGGUCAGAAUCUUCUCCCCGGGCAGAUAUUUCGAAGAGUAUUAACACAUCUCANNGGUCUCUCCCCGAAACUACACUUUCAGGCCAUGAACUUCCACCAUUACGUCAAGGCUGGAGAAGGAACCAACUUUGUGCUGUUGCACUUUUGGUUCCACACGCUCAUCGUCCUACUCCACCAGCCGACAUUGUUGAAGACUUUCGAAGGCAAAAUGCUUCAGCUAUUCCCGAACAGUCAAGCACUUUCCAUGUCUUCUGCCAAGACUAUCGCAGAUAUCUUGUCCUACUCACAACUUAUCGACACGAAAGCGAGUCUUGGUAAUCCAUUCACCACGCAGCCAAUCUACAUUGCCGCUUGUGCUUUCCUGAAGGAGACUGCCGAGCAGACCGCCACCUCGAAAGAGCAUUCUCGCUCUCAAUCGGCGGCGGACUCCCGUGCUGGAAGUCCGGUUCGAGAACAGCCCACCUCAGGGGUCGCAGACAUGGCCAAUAUGACUCGACCGUCAAGCAUGUUGUCAAACAGCACCAGACCGCCGAUGGUGGAAAGAGCACUAGCCCGCCAUACUCUACUCGCAACUGCAGCGAACCAGCACUAUCAACUUUGCUACAAAGCACUACAAAGUCUCGAAACAUACUGGGCAGGGACAAAGUACAUCCUUACAGUAUUGGACCAGAAGUUUAAAGGUGUCGGAGACCCUCUUUUGUAUACGGUAGAAGAAGGUGAAAGUGCCUUUGAGCAGCCGGAACCAAACCCUUCAUUUACCCAGCCAGGAUGGCGAAGGAAAACUCCAUCAAACCCGUGGUCUCCGAGCGCAUUGAUGCAAAGUUCAUUCAUGCAAGCCAAAUCUCCUCCAGCAGCAGGUGACCCCAAUCAACCUAUUGGGUGGACUCUCACAGGCACUCUCAAUUCGCCGAGUACAAAUGUAGCCUGGCACUUCUCCGGCGGACUUGGUACAACCGAGCCAGUGCAGCAAUCUCUUGACUCACUCUUAGACCACAAUACUCCCUUCGACUUCAAUAACAUGCAGAAUCACAACAUUCCAUCAUUUCAGCAACAACAACAACCGCAUAAUAGUCAUAUACGGACAUACUCUGGCAAUAGUCUGCCCCACGCAUCACCACUCCAACAACGACAUCACCGAUCUUCGCUCCCAGCAUCAGCAUUUGCAGCCAUACCGCCCUCGCCAACAUCUUUUCCUUCGCCUGUCCAGCACCGACAUCAACAAGACUCUCUCCAUGUCCCUUCCUUCAACCAAGCGAACGGCUUGCAAAACUUUGAUGGCCGUAAUUUUAAUGCAGAAGAAAGCUAUGGCGACUUUUUGAUCGAGAGCCAGGAUGUGGAUAUGAGUUCGCUUGGCUUGGACAUGUUGCCUUGGUUUGAUGCGCCGAGUGGAGAGUUGAUGCCUGUGUUUGAUGAGGCGUUGGAGGUGGGCGAUGUGGAUACGGAC